AUGGCGUCGUCAUCCACUCCAGCAACUCCUCUCCUCUACUCGUGCAUCGCGCACAACACCACCAUCCUCUCCGAGUGCACCACCUCGGCAUCCUCGCAGACGUCGUCCCUGGCCUCCCUCAUCCUCCCCAAGAUCGAGCACACCAACCCUCAGAAGCUCACCUACACGCACGGCCAGCACCAGAUCCACUAUGUCGCCGAGGCUCCCUCUGAGCACCCCGACUCCCCUUCAGCCGGCGGCCUGACGUUCCUCGUCAUCGCCGACUCGUCGCUCGGCCGUAGGGUGCCGUUUGGCUUCCUGUUCGAGAUCCGCAAGCGCUUCUUCCAGCAGUUCCACGAGAGCAGCGACUUCUCCGACAUGCCCAACUACGGCGCGGCGUCGUUCAACUCGGAGCUCAAGAACCUCAUGGUGGACUACGGCACCACGAGCGGCGGCCGCGACGACGCCAUCGGCAACGCGCGCCGCGAGAUUGACGACGUGAGGGGCAUCAUGACAAAGAACAUCGAGAGCCUUCUCGAGCGCGGCGAGCGCCUGGACCUGCUGGUGGACAAGACGGACCGUCUCGGGGGCAGCGCGCGAGAGUUCCGGGUGCGCAGCCGGGGUCUCAAGCGCAAGAUGUGGUGGAAGAAUGUCAAGCUCAUGGGUCUGCUUGCGCUGGUGGUAUUCCUCAUCAUCAUGGCGAUUGUCAUUGCGGUCAAGAACGGGUCGAAUUAA